UCCAGACGCGGCCGAGGCCGGGCCCGAGCGCGCGGGAGAACGUUCCGUGGGAUAGAAAGGGAGGUGAUAAUGCACCAUGGCAGCGGCUCCCAGGGUGCCCAGCAUCAGCUGCAGAGGCCCCGGUCCUUCCCUGGCAGCGAAGAGGAGCAGCCGGCUCAUCCGAACCUGCCCCCGUCCCCCGCCACACCCUUUGCCCCGUCGGCAAGCCCAUCCGCACCCCAGUCCCCCGGGUACCAGAUACAGCAGCUGAUGAGUAGGAGUCCUGUGGCUGGGCAGAACGUGAACAUCACCCUACAGAGCGUGGGCCCCGUCGUUGGCGGAAACCAGCAGAUCACGUUGGCCCCUCUGCCACUGCCCAGCCCCACCUCUCCAGGUUUCCAGUUUGGUGGCCAGCCGAGGCGCUUUGAUCAUGGGUCUCCAUCAUAUAUUCAGGUCACUUCUCCCUUGUCCCAGCAGGUGCAGACCCAGAGCCCCACACAACCCAGUCCGGGCCCGGGACAAACCCUACAGAGCGUGCGUGCGGGCGCCCCGGGCCCCGGGCUGGGCCUCUGCAGUGGCAGCCCUACAACAGGCUUUGUGGAUGCCAGCGUGCUCGUGAGGCAGAUCAGCCUGAGCCCGUCCAGUGCUGGGCACUUUGUGUUUCAAGAUGGCUCAGGACUUGCCCAGAUCGCCCAGGGAGCCCAGGUGCAGCUCCAGCACGCAGGGACCCCCAUCACAGUCCGGGAGAGGAGACUCUCCCAACCACACGCUCCGUCGGGAGGCACUGUCCACCAUCUGGGCCCCCAGAGCCCUGCGGCUGCUGGGGGCUCUGGCCUGCAGUCUCUGGCAGGUCCCAGCCACGUCACCGCAGCCGGCCUGCCACCCCAGAUCAGCAGCAUUCUCCAAGGGCAGCUCAUCCAGCAGCAGGUGCUGCAGGGGCCGCCGCUGAGCAGGCCUCUGGGGUUCGAGAGGACCCCUGGAGUGCUGCUUCCUGGGGUGGGGGGAGCACCAGCCUUUGGAAUGACAUCCCCACCGCCUCCCACCAGCCCUUCCAGAAGCUCCGUGCCCCCUGGCCUUUCCAGCCUCCCACUCCCGUCUGUGGGGAGCACAGGCUUGAAGAAGGCGACCAGGAAGUUGGAGGAGAUCCCCCCAGCCUCCCAGGAGCUGGCACAGAUGCGCAAGCAGUGUCUGGACUAUCACCACAAGGAGAUGGAGGCGCUGAGGGAGGCCUUCAAGGAGUACCUGAUCGAACUGUUCUUCUUACAACACCUCCAAGGGAACAUGAUGGAUUUCCUGGCCUUCAAGAGGAAGCAUUAUGCUCCAUUGCAAGCCUAUCUCAGACAGAAUGACCUGGACCUGGAAGAGGAGGAGGAGGAAGACGAGGAGGAGGAAGAGAAAUCGGAGGUCAUCAACGAUGAGCAGCCAGCCCUUGCAGGGAGCCUGGUGGCAGGAGCCGGCAGCACUGCGGACACAGAGCCGUUCCAGAGGCAGCAGGCGCUGCCCGCCUCAGGUGUGUCUCCGACACGGCAGUCUAAGAGACCUCGACUUGAAGUGGGUCAUCCAGGGGUAGUUUUCCAGCACCCAGGGGUGAGCACAGGAGUUCCUCUGCAGCAGUUAAUGCCGACAGUCCAAGGAGGAAUGCCCCCAGCCCCUCAGACCACACAGCUCGCUGGGCAGAAGCAGAGCCAGCAGCAGUAUGACCCUUCCACGGGGCCACCUGUGCAGAAUGCUGCCAGCUUACAUACCCCACCGCCACAACUGCCUGCGAGGCUGCCCCCCACCGGGGUCCCCCCUGCAGCCCUCCCUUCUGCACUGCAGUUUCCACAGACACCACAGGUGGUGGAGGCUUCGACACAACUCCAAGUCCCGCUCAAGACUCAGCAGCCGAACGUUCCUGUCCCUGCACCUCCACCCAGCCAGCUUCCUGUUCCUCCACAGCCAGUGCAGCCAGCCCUGCACAUCCCCGUGCCUGGGAAAGCCCAGAUGCAGGCAGCCCAGCUUCCCCCGCAGCCUCAGAUUGUGGCAACAGCACGGCCACCCCUUGACUCCAUCCAGCCCUGCCAGCGGCCUCUACCCACAUCCUCAUCUACCUCAUCCCUUGUACCUGGGAGUGGCCUAGGCUCAGGACCCCCGCCUGCGCGGUCAUCACCGGUGAACAGACCUUCCUCAUCAGCCAACAAGGCAUUGUCGCCUGUUGCUUCCCGGUCUCCAGGGGUGGCCGUGUUAGCAGCCCCCAAACCACAGAGCCCGGCUCUGAAUGCUGCCUCGUCCCAGGACAGCUCUCAGGAAAAGCUCGCCGAGCAGCUGACACUGGAAAACCAGAUCCACCAGCGGAUUGCGGACCUAAGGAAGGAAGGCCUCUGGUCUCUGCGGCGCCUGCCCAAGCUGCAGGAGGCCCCCAGGCCCAGGUCCCACUGGGACUGCCUGCUGGAGGAGAUGCAGUGGAUGGCUACGGACUUCGCACAGGAGAGGCGGUGGAAGGUGGCUGCUGCGAAGAAGCUCGUCAGAACCGUGGCACGCCACCAUGAAGAGAGGCGGGUCCGUGAGGAGAGGGGCAGGAAGGAGGAGCAGAGCAGGCUGAGGCGCAUCGCUGCAUCAACGGCCCGGGAGAUAGAAUAUUUUUGGUCAAACAUUGAACAGGUUGUUGAGAUUAAACUACAGGUAGAACUAGAAGAGAAAAGGAAAAAGGCUUUAAAUUUACACAAAGCUUCCAGAAAAGGAAAAGAGCUGAGACCCAGCCGAGUGGAAGUCUGGCCGGAACAUUUCUUGGAUUCAGGAAUAUGUGGGAGAAAAAGAAAAGCAAGCACUUCUCUGACUGAUGACGAAGUGGAAGAUGAAGAGGAGACCAUCGAGGAGGAGGAAGCACACGAAGGGACCGUCGAUCACCAGACAGAGCUUUCUAAUUUAGCCAAAGAAGCGGAGCUGCCCUUGACGGACUUGAUGAAGCUGUAUGAAGGCGCCUUCCUGCCAGGUUUCCAGUGGCCCCAGCCCAGCCCUGACAGUGACGAGACGAGUGAGGACGAAGAUGCCGAGGAGCCUCCCUGUGAGCCAGAGAGUCGGAGGGACUUGGUCCUCAUAGAUUCUCUUUUCAUCAUGGAUCAGUUUAAAGCUGCAGAGAGAGUGAAUGUCGCAAAACCAAACACAAAAGACAUUGCGGAAGUGACAGCUGUUGCGGAGGCUGUUCUGCCCAAGGGCAGUGCCCGGGUGUCAACUGCGGUGAAGUUCAGUGCUCCGUCUCUGCUGUAUGGGGCUCUCAGAGACUAUCAGCAGAUCGGCCUGGACUGGCUGGCCAAGCUCUACCGCAAGAACCUUAAUGGCAUAUUGGCAGAUGAAGCCGGGCUGGGGAAGACAGUCCAGAUCAUCGCUUUCUUUGCUCACCUGGCUUGCAAUGAAGGUAACUGGGGCCCUCAUCUGGUUGUGGUGAGAAGCCGUAACAUCCUCAAGUGGGAGCUUGAACUGAAGCGCUGGUGUCCUGGGCUCAAGACUCUAUCUUGGGUCGGCAGCCACAGAGAGCUCCGAGCAAAGAGACAGGAGUGGGCCGAGCCCAACAGCUUCCACAUCUGCAUCACGUCCUACAAGCAGUUCUUCAAGGGGUACGCGUCCUUCUCCCGCGUGUGCUGGAAGUGCCUGGUCAUCGACGAGAUGCAGCGUGUGAAGGGCAUGACCGAGAGGCACUGGGAAGCCGUCUUCACCCUGCAGAGUCAGCAGCGCCUGCUUCUGAUCGACGCCCCACUGCACAACACGUUCCUGGAGCUCUGGACCAUGGUGCACUUCCUGAUCCCUGGGAUCUCCAGGCCUUACCUGAGCUUCCCUCUGAGAGCUCCUAGUGACGAGAACCAGGACUACUACCACAAAGUGGUCAUAAGGCUGCACAGGGUAACACAGCCAUUUAUUUUGAGGAGAACUAAGAGAGAUGUGGAGAAGCAGUUGACAAAGAAGUAUGAGCACGUUUUGAAGUGCCGCCUCUCCAACCGCCAGAAGGCCUUGUACGAAGAUGUCAUUCUGCAGCCAGGAACUCAGGAGGCUCUAAAGAGCGGACACUUUGUUAGCGUCCUAAGCGUGCUGAUAAGGCUACAGCGCAUCUGCAACCACCCCGGGCUGGUGGAGCCCCGGCUGCCGCAUGCUUCCUACGUGGCGGGGCCUCUGCACUACCGCCUGGCCUCUCUGGUCCUGAAGGCGCUGGAUAGGGACAUUUGGAAGGAAACCGAUCUUUCUAUAUUUGACCUAAUUGGGUUGGAGAGUCAGAUCACUCGCCAUGAAGCAGAGCUGUUGUCUAAGAAGAAGGUGACUCGGAAGCUCAUGGAGGAGGUUUUUACCUCUCCACCUCCCACCCCUCGGCCCGCCGCGGUGAAGCUCAAGGCGAGCAGGUUGUUUCAGCCGGUACAGUACGGCCAGAAGCCCGAGGGUCGCACUGUGGCACUCCCCAGCACACACCCGCCCCGGACUGCCACCAGCCACCCAGCCACGGCAGCUCCACAGGGCCCACAGAGAGGACGACCAGCGAUCGCCACUUUCUCUGCAAAUCCGGAUGCAAAAGCAGCAGCCGCCCCGUUUCAGAGCUCUCAGGCCUCCUGCAGUGCUGCUCGACACCAACCCGCCUCGACCUUCAGCACGUCCGCUAGCCCAGCCCAUCCUGCGAAACUGCGGGCUCAGAGCACGGCGCAGGCCUCUGCCCCCGGCCCGCCCCAGCCCCAGCCCCAGGCCCCCGCGCUCGCGGCCGGGCAGAGCCCGCUGCCUCAGAGGCUGGUGCUCACAUCCCAGGCCCAGGCCCGUCUGCCCAGUGGAGAGGUAGUAAAAAUAGCACAGCUGGCGUCCAUCGCAGGACCACAGAGCCGGGUCACUCAGCCCGAGACACCUGUGACACUGCAGUUCCAGGGCAACAAGUUCACCUUGUCGCACAGCCAGCUCCGGCAGCUCACGGCCGGCCAGCCCCUGCAGCUUCAAGGCAGCGUCCUCCAGAUCGUGUCAGCCCCGGGGCAGCCCUACCUGCGAGCCCCUGGCCCUGUGGUGAUGCAGACCGUGUCUCAGACGGGGGCUGUGCACAGCACCCUGGGAAGCAAGUCCCCCGCCAGCGGCCCCAGUCCUGCGCCCUUGACCCCACCAGCUGGUGUUCCAGGUCGAGUGGCUGUGGGAGAAGCUGGGAUUGCCUCUAAGCCAGCCUCCCCUGGUGGAGGGCCUACCCAGGAGGAAAAGGCCAGACUUCUCAGGGAGCGGCUGGACCAGAUCCACCUUGCCAAUGAGCGGCGCUGCUGCCAGGCCCCCGUGUACGGCAGGGACUUGCUGAGGGUCUGCUCGCUGCCGGACAGAGCACACCUGCCUGGCAAGGGGGCUGGACUGGCCAACAGUCACGUGUCCCCCUCACAGAGUCAGAGUGACCUGCUGGGGACCCUGCAGGAUGUGCUGGGCAGGGUGGCCUGUGUGAUCCCCCCUGUGGUGGCUGCACCUCCAUCCCUUUGCGUGGCGAGGCCUCCCUCUCUGUACAGCCAUAGGCUGCGGGUCCUGAGACAGCGCCUGGAGGAGCACGCGGCCCCCUUCCUCCAGCAGCUGCGGUGCUGGACAGCUCUGCGUUCCCUGCAGUUUCCUGAGCUGAGGCUGGUCCAGUUUGACUCAGGGAAGUUGGAAGCCUUAGCGCCCUUGCUGCAGAAGUUGAGAUCCGAAGGACGCCGGGUGCUGAUCUUGUCGCAGAUGAUUCUGAUGCUGGACAUCCUAGAGAUGUUCUUAAACUUCCAUCACCUCACCUACAUACGGAUUGAUGAAAACGCCAGCAGUGAACAGCGGCAAGAGCUGAUGCGGAGUUUCAACAGGGACAGGCGGGUCUUCUGCGCCCUUCUCUCCACUCACAGCCGUGCCACAGGGGUCAGCCUCGUGGAGGCCGACACUGUCGUGUUCUACGACAAUGACCUAAACCCGGUGAUGGACGCCAAGGCCCAGGAGUGGUGUGACCGGAUUGGGAGAUGCAAAGACAUUCACAUCUACAGGCUUGUGAGCGGCAAUUCCAUCGAAGAGAAACUUUUGAAGAAUGGAACUAAAGAUUUGAUCCGAGAGGUGGCUGCCCAGGGGAAUGACUACUCCAUGGCCUUCCUCACACAGCGCACCAUCCAGGAGCUGUUUGAGGUCUACUCCCCCAUGGAUGACACUGGCUUCCCUGUCAAGGCUGAGGAGUUUGUCGUGCUCUCUCAAGAACCUUCUGUCACAGACAACAUUGCUCCCAAGAUUGCAAGACCUUUCAUAGAGGCCCUCAAGAGCAUUGAGAGUUUGGAAGAAGAUGCACAGAAAGCUACUGAGGUAGCCGUGCCUGGGUCGGAUGUGGACGCCCUUCCGUCAGACACAAGCGACAUGCAGCUGGGUGACGGGCCGUCGCCGCUGGAGGAGCUGACCGACUUCAUGGAGCAGCUCACACCUAUUGAAAAAUAUGCCUUGAACUACCUGGAAUUUUUCCAUACUUCCUUUCAGCAAGAAAAACAGAGUGGGGAUGCGGUCAUGGCCUCGGUGAGGGAGUGGGAGUCCCGGCACGCGAAGGCACAGCAGGACCGAGAAGCCCAGCUGCAGCUGCAGCAGGAGGAGCCUGAGCUCCUCACCUACACCCGAGAGGACGCCUACAGCAUGGAGUACGUCUACGAGGACGCUGACGGGCAGACAGAGGUGAUGCCGCUCUGGACCCCGCCCACUCCCCCUCAAGACGACAACGAUAUCUACAUCGACUCGGUUAUGUGUCUCAUGUAUGAAACCACGCCCAUCCCAGAGGCUAAGCUGCCUCCGGUAUAUGUGAGAAAGGAGCGAAAGCGACACAAGACUGACCCCUCAGCUGCUGGCAGGAAGAAGAAGCAGCGGCAUGGAGAGGCAGUGGUCCCGCCAAGGUCCCUGUUUGACCGAGCCACGCCGGGCAUGCUCAAGAUCAGACGUGAGGGGAAGGAGCAGAAGAAGAACUUGCUGCUGAAGCAGCAGGCACAGUUCGCCAAACCCAUGAUCAGUUACCCCAAACCCACGGCCGAGGCCGGGCAGGACAGUCCCGAAUGGCUUAUCGGGGAGGACUGGGCCCUGCUGCAGGCCGUCAAGCAGCUACUGGAGCUGCCGCUGAACCUCACGGUUGUAUCACCUGCUCACACCCCGAACUGGGAUCUUGUCAGUGAUGUCGUCAACUCCUGCAGCCGAAUUUACCGCUCUUCCAAACAGUGCCGGAAUCGCUACGAGAAUGUCAUCAUCCCCCGAGAAGAGGGCAAGAGCAAAAACAACCGCCCUGUGCGCACCAGCCAGCUCUACGCACAGGACGAGAAUGCCGCCCAUACCCAGCUGUAUACGAAUCACUUUGAGCUGAUGAAGACGACUGCUGGCAAGAGAAGCCCCCCCAUCAAGCCACUGCUGGGCAUGAACCCCUUCCAGAAAAAUCCCAAGCAUGCCUCUGUGCUAGCAGAAAGUGGAAUCAACUACGACAAGCCACUGCCUCCCAUUCAGGUUGCGUCUCUUCGUGCAGAGCGGAUUGCCAAAGAGAAAAAGGCCCUGGCUGACCAACAGAAGGCGCAGCAGCCAGCAGCGGCUCAGCCGCCUCCCCAGCAGCAGCAGCAGCAGCAGCAGCAGCCCCCACCACCGCCACAGCAGCCACCACCACCACUGCCGCAGGCACAGGCUGCAGGGGGCCAGCCAGCUGCGGGGCCACCAGCCGUGCCCCCUCAGACCCAGGCCCAGGCCCCUCCACAGCCACAGCCUGUGCAGGCUCCACCAAAGGGGCAGCCUGCCAUCACCACCGUGGGCAAUGCUGCAGUGCUGACAGGAACCAUUAAGACAUCGGUGACUGGGACGAGCAUGCCAGCUGGCACCGUGAGUGGGAACGUGAUUGUGAACAGCAUCGCUGGGGUCCAGGCAGCCGCCUUCCAGUCGAUCAACAAGCGCCUCGCCUCCCCUGUGGCCCCGGCCACCCUGCCCGUAGCCGGAGGCUCUACCCCUGCCCAGGUGGUUCACACCCAGCAAAGAGCAGUUGGCUCCCCAGCCACAGCCACCAACGACCUGGUAUCCAUGGCAACGACUCAGGGUGUCCGUGCUGUCACUUCGGUGACCACCUCAGCUGUGGUCACCACCAACCUCACUCCAGCACAGACCCCAGCUCGGUCUCUGGUGACGCAGGUGUCCCAAGCCACAGGAGUCCAGCUGCCAGGAAAGGCCAUCACGCCUGCACAUUUCCAGCUCCUGAGGCAGCAACAGCAGCAGCAGCAGCAGCAGACCUCCCAGGUGCAAGUCCCACAGAUGCAGGGCCAGGCCCAGUCCCCGGCACAGAUCAAAACCGUGGGCAAGUUGGCACCGGAACACAUCAUCAAAAUGCAGAAGCACAAACUGCAGCUGCCUCCACAGCCCCCAACGCCACAAGCCCAGCCAGGACCCCCACAGCCCACGGCCCAAGUUCAGGUGCAGCCUCCACAACCCCCACAGCAGCAGAGCCCACAGCUCGCCACGGUCACAGCCCCGCGUCCUGGAGCACUCCUCACCGGCACCACCGUGGCCAACCUCCAGGUGGCCCGGCUUACCCGAGUUCCCACUUCUCAGCUGCAGGCGCAAGGGCAGAUGCAGAGCCAGACGCCCCAACCAGCCCAGGUGGCCCUGGCGAAGCCGCCGGUGGUGUCUGUUCCAGCAGCUGUGGUCUCCUCGCCAGGAGUCACCACCCUGCCCAUGAACGUGGCAGGGAUCAGCGUGGCCAUCGGGCAGCCGCAGAAAGCAGCAGGACAGACUGUCGUGGCGCAGCCCGUGCACGUGCAGCAGCUACUUAAGCUCAAGCAGCAGGCCGUCCAGCAGCAGAAGGCCCUGCAGCCCCAGGUCGCUCAGGGCCCAGCCACUGUCCAGCAGAAGAUUACGGCCCAGCAGAUCGCUGCCCAGGGCCCCCAGCAGAAGGUUACCUAUGCCACCCAGCCAGCCCUGAAGACCCAAUUUCUGACAACACCCAUCUCCCAGGCACAGAAACUGGCCGGAACUCAGCAGGUGCAGACCCAGAUCCAGGUUGCAAAGCUGCCUCCAGUUGUCCAGCAGCAGACGCCUGUGGCUGGCAUCCAGCAGGUCGCCUCAGCUUCCCAGCAGGCUUCCCCACAGACUGUGACACUGACGCAGGCCACGGCGGCCGGGCCACAGGUGCAGAUGAUCCCUGCGGUGACCGCGACAGCCCAGGUAGUCCAGCAGAAGCUCAUCCAGCAGCAGGUGGUGACCUCAGCGUCAGCCCCGCUCCAGGCUCCAGGCGGCCCUAGCCCCGCCCAGGUGCCCACAGGCGCCGACAGCCCCAGUCAGCAGCCCAAGCUGCACAUGAGGGUCCCCGCAGUCCGCCUGAAGACGCCCACCAAGCCUCCCUGCCAGUAGCCAGAGGGCACCCCAUCCCAGGAACUUGGUGGAGGGCCACCACGACUGUCCCCGGGGCAAGGAGCUGCCUGCAGUGGGCCUUCCGACCGAAGGCAAGCAGACGUGGUUUAUUCGGGCUUUUCAGUGCCACUGCGCCCAGGACGCACUCCUGCUGGGUCUGAGGAAAAUGCCUCUUGCAGCCCGGGUGCAAUUCGUUUUCGUUUAAAGGAAACUUGAGGUAGCAAUUCUGAGCGCAUCCUGAUAGCCCCAGGCUUUGGAUCCAGGCCAUGGGGAGUUGGUGUGCCCAGCGUCUGCCACCUGCACACAGUCCAGGGGCUUGUGGCCUGCCGUCACGCUUCCGCAGAGUGAACGUGGCCUCGGUGGUCUCGCUGGGCCAUGCUUCGAUCUUCAUUCAGGGCCGUCAUCCCAUCUGUUCCCUGUCACGCCCCUUGGCAGCCUUGAGAGGGUGCUGUCUUCCAGGAUCCCUCCCUGCACAGCCUGUGUAGACAGCCCCCAAGGAGAAAUCCGGAAGGUUCGGUGGCUGGGAACACACCACACCACGGCAGUGUGGUGACAGCAAGAUGGCAGCACCCAGGCUGGCUCACCUUGGGGCUUCUCAGCCUGCCCACACAGCAGCUGCACCCUGCAGUGUGGACAGUGUCCCUGUCUUGUCACUGAGGGGCGCUCAAUGUCCUUGUCAAUGUCCCCCUCCCCCAUGUACUGUUCCCCUGGCCUGUUUUAAAGGUUCAGCUUCCCAGUUAUUUAAGAAUUGUGUUUAGAUGAUGUUGUCCUCGCGAGUUUUGAGAACACGGGAUGUAGUCAGGUUCCUUGGCCUCGAUGGCCGCAGGAGGCAGGGGCAUCCGCGGUAGUGUUUGUUCUUUUUGUUCACUGUUGUAACUAGAUAGCUCUAAAGGAACAGGACUGAAGCUGUACAUACUUUGUAAACAUGAGCGUUUGUACUGAGUAGGAUUUUAAAAAGGGCCCCCGUAUCUUGCCAACCAAAAGGCAAAAUAAAAUGACCUUUUUAUACAAGA